AUGAAGGCCCAGAGCCUUGCCCUGCUGUCCUGCCUCCUUCUGGCCUCCCUGGCACUCUUGGUGGAAGGCAAAAAAGAACAAGACAAAAAGAAGGGGCAUAGCCCAGGGCAUAGGAGCCAGCCACGCAUGCGCAAACCUCGGGGCCACUUUCGCACCCCAGACCAAAAGGAGUGCCGAUGGGCUGUGGUGGAGGAGGGAGACAAUGCCAUGCUGAAGGUUGAAUGCUCCGGAAAAGAUAAUCAAUUCUCCUGUUUCUUUGCCGGCAAGCCUCACUCAUGUCCAGAGUUUACCAACAAAAAGAGGGUCUACUGGAGACAGAUUGGCCGGUCCCUCGUACGGCAGACAAACAUCUGUAAGGACUCCCAGACCAUCCUGAAGACCAAGUUGUGCAGAAAGAAGUUUCCAGAAGCCCAUCUCAAGAUGGUGAACUCUACUCUGAUCAAAAAGAAGGACACUGAGGCCAAAGGGAUGACCACCACCACCCGAACUCUGGCCAGUGGGAGCAGAGAGACCAUCCCAGCAGAAGGCCAGCAGCCAAGCCUGGGCAUCAGUGGCCCCGAGUGUGAGCAGGACCCUGACAUCCAGUACCAGAGGACAUUGAUUCAGGAGUACUGCGGAGAUUCCUGGGCUUCUUUCUGCCAAUUCUUCCUCGCUAUAGUACAGGACAAGCCAUGCUACUGA